AAAAGUUCGGUGAUUUUAGUUAGAGAAUAUGUGUGCAGCUACUUCCGGGAAAACUGACGUGAUUAUUUUUAUCAGAUAAUUAACAGAUGAAACCACUUCAUGAGUUAAUAUGAAUCAUCACAUUGUUCAACAUGGAUACUGAAAAUAAUAAUAACAAUAACAACAACAAUGCUGGACAAGGUAGAAAUACUGGUAGACGUGGGCCACAGAACCCAUUAGUGAAUGUCAGGGACAGAUUGUUUCAUGCAUUGUUCUAUAGAAUUGCUCUAGCAUAUGCCAGAGCUUUCCCAAAACCAAUACGAAGAGUUAUUGAAUUUGCCAUUCUGAUAAAGGCACUGGUGGUGUUAGGAAUCCUGGCCUACAUUCAUAUUGUGUUUUCAAGAUCGCCAAUCAACUGUUUGCAACAUGUUCAGAAAGAAUGGCCACGGAAUGGCAUUUUACGUGUAGAGAUUGUAAGAAACGUGUCAGAAAAUUACACGAUAUUAAACUCAUAUGAAAAGGAAUACUCUGAUUUCAGUGCUCACUUUCUUGAAGGCUUGUUAAAUGAGAUAGAAAACAAAGAUACAGAUGGAAAUGCUGGCGAGCUGGACGAAGGGGAAGACUUUGAAAAAACACACGUUAUAAAUGUGACAGAGUAUGAAGUAAAUGGAGAGAAGUUCAGUGUAACUCAACUUGGUCAUUCAAAUCUUAGCAAAUUGGAAAAAGACAAGAAGAAAGAUGAGGCUGUUGAUGAAAGUGUUCUUCAGCCGAAUCAAAGUGAUGAUGCAAGUAAUGAAAAUGUUGACGAUGAUGAUGAUGACGAUGAUGAGAAAAACGAUACUUUCGUGGAAUACACAUCGAAGGUUGACCGAGAAAAUGCUGGACCUUUCAGAGAAACUUUGUCUGAACUUGAGAUGCUGGCUAAAGUGGUUUGGCCAGAGGAAAAGUAUAUUGUUGAGUAUGCCCUGGAGUACGGGUUUUUACGUCUUUCACCGAAAACACGGCAACGACUUAAUAUUACUGUAAUGCUAGUUACACUAGAUCCAGAGAAAGAUGCAUGUUUUGGAGACACAUUCAGUAGAUUUUUACUAGAUGAGUUUCUCGGAUAUGAUGAUAUUCUAAUGUCAAGUAUCAAACAAUUGGCCGAACAAGAAGAUAAUAAAGGUUUCUUACGUAAUGUGGUGACUGGUGACCAUUAUCGUUUCGUGAGCAUGUGGAUGGCUAGAAGUUCGUACCUGGCUGCAGCAUUUAUUAUGCUUGUAUUUACUGUGUCAGUUUCAACCUUGUUGAGAUAUUCCCAUCACCAAAUAUUUAUGUUUAUCGUGGACCUACUACAGAUGUUAGAAAUGAAUGUUACAAUAGCAUUCCCAGCUGCUCCUCUGCUGACAGUGAUAUUAGCUUUAGUUGGCAUGGAAGCCAUUAUGUCAGAAUUUUUCAAUGAUACAACCACAGCUUUCUAUAUAAUACUUAUUGUAUGGAUAGCUGACCAAUAUGACGCCAUAUGUUGUCAUCAGAAUAUCAGUAAACGUCAUUGGCUGAGGUUUUUCUACUUGUAUCAUUUUGCCUUUUAUGCAUACCACUACCGCUUUAACGGGCAAUACAGUGGGUUAGCCCUGUUUACCUCAUGGCUAUUUAUACAGCAUUCUAUGGUGUACUUUUUCCACCACUACGAGCUCCCGGCAAUUCUUCAACAAGCCCGAGUCCAGCAACUUCUGAAUCGAAAUGGGAAUGCCAAUAUUACAGUUACUAGCGGACAAAUCAGAGGUACUGCCAAUGCUGGUAAUAAUGCGCAGCAGACGGCCACAGAAAAUGGCGGGAAUGUGAAUUCGACAAAUCCUGAGCAAGCCAACAUUGCCAAUGGUCAUAUAGUGACCGGGGAUAAUGACCUUGAUGAAACCGACCAUAAUAUAUUACAUAAUAACGUAGAUCAUGGUUUAUUAAAUGAGAUUUUUGAAGGGGUCGAAGACGUUCAAGUUGACGGGUUUAAUAUUGACCAGCAGCUCUUGCAUCAUUUAGAGGAAGAAAUUCAAGAGCUACAAUUUAGUCAUAACCAAGCUGUAUCAAAUAGAGAAAAUUUAGAUAGUCCAAGUACAAGUCAAGGUGAAACUUUAAUAGAUUCAAAUAGAACAACAAAUUCUAGAGGUGAAUUGGGUACAAACUUUACUCAUUCAGAGAAUAAUGUUUUAAACCAAUCAGAAAACAGUGCACCAGUAUCUGCAGAUUUACCAUCUACAGACUGUGAUACUUCUGCCAGUGCUGGAAGUGCCUGUUCUCAGUUAGAAACUGUGACACAGUCAAAAUAUUGUGAUACUCAAUCUGAUUCAAAAAGUGUUAAUUCAGACACAGGAACUAGUGAUGCAGUGAGUUCUCAAAGUGCAAUAGGGGAUGAAAACCAAUCUUUAAACACUGGUGCUAAUUUAAGGUUCAGAGGUAACACUGGUAAUGCCAUCAACUUGUCGCAAGAAGCCACUGGUGAACAAGGAACCGAAGUUUGAUACCCUGAAAACUAAAAUAAACCAUUUUUUCUUAUUGUGGCAUUAAUUCUAACAUAAUUUUGGGAUUAUUUUUUUCCAGUAGACAUGUAGAAAAAGAAAAAAAAAGGAGAAUUUUUUUGCCUGCUGGAGCAGAAGACAAAAAUCACAUUACAUGAUUUUGAGUGUCUUUCAUUUUGUCUGUAGUUGUGAAGAUGGAAAAAAUAUUGAUUAAUAUAUGUUUACAAGUGUUGUACCUAGGUAAUAUUUUAAAGGGAACUCUAGUGACCUUGGCCAGAAAUUAUGGAAAGUUUGAAAGAAAAUGAAAUGAAGGCAGUUUUUUCAUAGCUUUACUCCCUAUACUUUCUUUUUUUCACAUUCUUAUUUCAAUGUUAUUUUACAGAAAUAUUUUUGUUUAGUCAUGUCUUGUUUAGAUUGUUGCUGCAUAGUGUUAAUUCUGGACUAAUAAUUAAAUUCACUAUUAUUUAUAUUGUCCUACUAACAGCUUUAGUUGAAACAGUUUAUAACAACAUAAUUGUUCCAAAUAUAUAACACAAUAAUGUUUAAAAAUGAACAUACAAAAAAAAAUACAUAAAAUAUGACACUAAAGAAAAAAAAACAUACCAAAUAUUUAUCUUUACAUACAUCAGUUAUUUUAUCUCUCAUUACAGCAUAGCUUGGACUUCUUUCAAUUCUCUUAGUAUUGUCUAUAUUAGACAAGUAUUUAAUAAGUGUUUAUCCAAUAAGAUCAAUAGGGAGAGUAUUGGAUUUCAUUGCUGAUUCAAUCCAAAAAAUAUUUCUGUGACAUUUGAUCUCUGACAUUGAGUGUAAUGGUCAUUUUGUAUGACAUUCCUGAUUCAGAAAUCGUUUGGUAGUCUGUCACAUUGGAUUCGUUUUUGUGGGAAAGUGGUAUUGUUACAUGUGAGGAAGCUAUCCAGCUAGCUACGGAAUGUCAGUGGUUCUACUCGAAUGGUGCCUGUUUCUGCCUGAGGCAACAGUAAUGCUGGAACGUCGCCAUAUUAUCUAUACUGUGUCGAUGUGACGUAAAACACAAUCAAAUAAAAUAGUCUGUUCCUUGUAGAGAAAUUGGUAAUUACUGGUUAAUAAUCAAGAAAAGCUGGUCAGGUGGCAGACUGCUAAGAUUUAACCAAAAAAGUGUGAAAAUCAGCGAAAGACAAGCAAAUUGUUAUACAGUUGAAUACACGGAAAGUUUCUUUUUCAGCAAAGAGAUAAUUUCAAGGAAGUAUCAACUUACUUAAAAAAAAAGAAAAUAAUCACAUUUUCAGCAAUAGAAAUUAUUUCAGAGAAGUAAUCAACUUAACAAAAAGAAGAGAAAAAAUAAGCCACAAAUGAUUUGUUAAGGUCAGGAUUCUUAUAAUGUGA